AUAGUCAGCUGCUUUAAUGGAAAAAAAAAUUAUCACAGGUUUUAUCUGUGGUUUUUAUUCACAUCUGCGACAGACUGUGAUCAACUGUGAUUUACGUUUCUGUUGAACUUGAACAGAGAAUUCUUAUUAACGAUAACGUUAGUUACCGCUGUUAAAAGUAUGGCAUCUAAAAUGGAAAUGGCCGAAGAGAGUUCUUGCACUUUUUGCGGCAAAUGUGAUUCCACUCUGGAAGAACACAUUCGAACCCAGGCGCAUCAGAGUAAAGUUAAAAGUCUGUUUUGCCACUUUUGUGGUCUUCAGUUGCUAUCAGAUUCCGAGCGCAUGAAACACAGGGAAGAAUCAGAUCAUAAUAAACAAAUGUUUAAAAGACACACUUUUCAUCCUCUAUUGAAGCUGGAAAGUACUACUACGAACAUAACAAGAGUUCUAACAUUACGGAAAUUAGUUUGCUAUCUAUAUUAUUCUAAUGCAUUUCCAUACGAAGUUACUUUGGAACAUCUAAAGUACUAUCAGUCCGAGAUCAGCAGUUUGAUAGAAAAGCAUCAGUGGUCUUCGAGUGCAAUGGUUGAUUCCCCUAUACUGGUACUUCUUGAAGAAGAUUUAAGAAAAAUUUUGGAUUGUGAUACGGAGUACAAUUCAACUAGAAUUGACAUUUUGAAGAAGAUUAUUAGUUUGAUAAGCCUAAUGAAAAUAAUUGAACGUGAGUCAUCAGACCCAUACACAGACCUUUACUACCAUGUACAAGGGUGGAAUCAAAAUUUUGCAAAAAUUAUUGAAGAUAAUUGUUUGGACCAUGAUUAGUAAAAAUAUGUAAUAAUUUUGUUUUCUUUACAACAUAUAUUUUUCAAUAUGGAUUUUCUUUUUAAUUUCUUAUUGGUAUUCGUCCUGUUAAUCUUUACAUUACAUUACUUACUCUGAGCUGUGCUCCGAGACUCGAAGUUUAUUCAUAUUAGUUGGUAUUAUUCAGUUAAUCCCACUAUUAUAUAAGUUUGUAUUAUGUUACUUUAGUUUAAUCAAAGUGUACUCUAUAAAUUAUUCCAAAUAAAACUUCACAUCAAAAAAAUAUA